GAAGAAGAGGAGGAGGAGGAGGAGGAGGAGGAGGAGGAGGAGAUGCUCUUCGCUUGUGUCACCAGAUCCUGCAAAUCGUCGUUCGUCGCCGUACCCCAAGUUGAGGUGCCCUCUUCCAUUUUGCAGAAGCGACGAUGCCCUGGACCAGACCCCAGGUGGAACUCCAGUCGUCCGAGGCUGCAGACACAGCGGGCGUCGGCAUCGUGGACCACCACUACGAGGGUUCCCUGUUCCCCACAUCCACUCUCAUCCCCGUGACGGUCAUCUGCGUGGCCAUCUUGGUGGUGGGUGUGGCAGGCAACACCAUGACCAUCCUCAUCAUCCAGCACUUCAAGGACAUGAAGACCACCACCAACCUGUACCUGUCCAGCAUGGCCGUUUCCGACCUGCUCAUCUUCCUGUGCCUGCCCUUCGACCUCUACCGCCUGUGGAAAUACGUGCCGUGGCUGUUCGGCGAGGCCGUGUGCCUGCUCUACCACUACGUGUUCGAGGGGUGCACGUCGGCCACCAUUUUGCACAUCGCCGCCUUGAGCGUGGAGCGCUACCUGGCCAUCAGUUUCCCGCUGCGUACCAAGGUUCUGGUGACCAAACGGCGUGUCCAGUACAUCAUCGCCGCCCUGUGGGGUUUCGCUCUGGCCUCGUCCACGCCCACCCUCUUCCUGGUAGGCGUGGAGUACGACAACCACACGGCGGCGCGGGGCGGCGGCCAGUGCAAGCACACGGACGGCGCCAUCCACUCGGGGCGGCUGCACAUCAUGCUGUGGGUGUCCACCGCGUACUUCGUGUGCCCCAUGCUCUGCCUCGUCUUCCUCUACGGUUCCAUCGGGCUCAAGCUGUGGAAGAGCCAGAGCGACGUGAGGGGACCUAGCGCGCUCGCCAGGGAACGCUCGCACAGGCAGACUGUCAAGAUCCUUGUGGUGGUGGUGUUGGCCUUCAUCAUCUGCUGGCUUCCCUACCACAUCGGCCGCAACCUCUUCGCCCAGGUGGACGACUACGACACGGCCAUGCUGAGCCAGAACUUCAACAUGGCCUCCAUGGUGCUGUGCUACCUGAGCGCUUCCAUCAACCCGGUCGUCUACAACCUGAUGUCGCGCAAGUACCGCUCCGCCGCCAAGCGCCUCUUCCUGCUGCACCAGCGGCCCGGACCCCGAGAAUACAACCGCCGCCUCCACCGCGGUCGCCAGAGCCAGCUGAGCACCGUGGACCCCAUCGAGAACCUGACGGGGUCCACCGCUGAACGUCUUCACCUCGCCGCCAUCGUGCGUUGAAAGAAAUGUCAAAGAUGAAUCAUUUGAAAAACAACUGCUGAAAAAAAAUGCCAUUAAUCUGUUCCAGCGCUGUUUUUUUUCAUGAGAGAAACAGCACUGUACUAAAAUACUGUACUCUGUACAAAACGUAAUGCCAUAAUUAAAUAUAAUUGAAAAAGAAAGAAUGUUUUUGUCACACUUUGCAUCAAUUGAAUGGCAUUUGUCCUGCCGGGGGCAAUUCCGUACACGGACGUCUGUACAGUACAGACGGCUCAGCUCCUCGCAGAGGAUAAAGAACAUAUGACUGUGAGUACUGUUAUAUUGAAUGUCUACAUGUGUUGCUGCGCGGUGUGUGUUCAAGUAUCACUUACUUAAAGGGUUCCAUUUAUGGUUCCCAGUGUGUUUUAGCAUUAGCAUGGAUCUUGCCAAAUGAAGGC